UACGCUCUGCGCUCACGGGAAGCGGAAGGGGAGGGGCGCAGACCGGAAGCGGGGCAGGCAGCGGAAGUGGCGGCGGGGGCGCCAUGCUGCGCUUCGUGCUGCUGUUCAGCCGCCAGGGGAAGCUGCGCCUGCAGCAAUGGUACCGCGCCGGGGCGGAGCGCGAUAAACGGAAGGCGGCCCGGGAGCUGAUGCAGGCCGUGCUGGCGCGGAAACCCAAAAUGUGCAGCUUCCUGGAGUGGGGGGAGCUGAAGGUGGUCUACAAGAGGUACGCCAGCCUGUAUUUCUGCUGCGCCAUCGAGGGCGCUGACAACGAGCUGCUGACCCUGGAGCUCAUCCACCGCUACGUGGAGCUGCUGGACAAAUACUUUGGGAGCGUUUGUGAGCUGGACAUCAUCUUCAAUUUUGAGAAGGCUUAUUUCAUCCUGGAUGAAUUCGUGAUGGGGGGGGAGAUCCAGGACACCUCCAAGAAAAGCGUCCUGAAGGCCAUCGAGCAGGCUGACCUGCUGCAGGAGGAGGAUGAAUCCCCCCGCAGCGUUCUGGAGGAGAUGGGGUUGGCGUAGCCCCCCCACACACACCGGACCCCCACCCCCCCAAAAAAGGACAUUUGGCUGGGGCCUCCCCUCCCCCCCCCACCUUUGGGGGUCUGGGGGCUCCCCAUGGGACCUCUCAAUUUAAAGGGACCACGGGGGGGCGUGGGGCCCCCCAAUAAAUGGGUGAGAUUGCAA